GUCCCCGGAGGGCUAACGAAACGUGUGUGAGCUGGCGCACGUGCUAACGUCCAGGAAAGAGAAGGCGCACGCGCACGCGGCUUCGGCAGAUCGGACAGCGAACGGUGUUGUUGUCGUACCGCUCUUUCAAGGCUUGUUGUGGACACACUCGACCGAAGGGGCAGGUGCCGCGUUGGUUGAUGCUCGUUACCAGUGUGUCUUCGAGCGCUGUCAGCACAGCCAUGCCUUACAUGUUGGACAACGACGCUUUCGGGGACCGAGAGUACUGGGACCGUGUGACCAUGGAAAAUAUUCAGGAGUUGCGUCUGCGUUUGCAGCAAUGGCCGGAAAGACACGAGCUGUGCUACCCGGAUGAACUGCUGCGUGUGAUGGAGGACGACGACUACUGCCGCAACAUCGUGUGUCAGGUGCGCCUGAACAUGCCGAAUGCACACAAGUUCGUGGCUGACAUGCUUCGCUGGAGGCGCGCCAUGAAGCUGCACGAACUUCGAGAGGAGAUUCUACCAAGGGCAGUUCUCGAGCAGUGCAUCGUCUACCCUCAUGGAAAAGACAUGGCGGGGUGCCACGUUCUGGUCCUUCGUAGCAAGAAUUACAUCAAGGGACUGGCAGACCGUGACAGCGUAAAAAGGAUCUUCAUUUUCUUCAUCGAGCAACUCUUCAAAGAGUGUGGUGCCAAGAAGAUAACUGUUCUGAUAGACUGCAGCGACAUUGGAGUAUCGAACAUCGAUGUAGACCUUCUCAAGUUCGUAGUGGAUGUCUUCAUCUCAAGGUACCCCAUAGGACUCGGAAAUGCACUAAUAUACAACAUGCCAUGGUUGCUUAACGCUAUCCUGAGAAUGAUCAAGAGUUUACUUCCCUACGGCGCCGAGAGACUGAAGACGGUCAACAAAGACGACAUUCAGCAGUACAUCGACGCCAAGCACCUUCCCGUCCGUAUGGGUGGAACGGACACCUACGAGUACAGCUACGUCCCGGGAAGACCUCUUGGAGAUCGUGCCCGCUACUAGUCACAAGUCGCUCGCAACCGCAUCAGAACGACUACCAACUACUGGAAGUGUGCGAUUAGUGUGCCCAGAAGAGCUGUGCGGAAAGACAGUGUGGAAAAGCCGCUUCCAAAUAUUCUCCAUUAUGUACCUCACGACCCUCCGCAGGACAGCUUCAUCAACUCAUCGAAUAACAACUGCGGCGUGUUGUGAGAUCCUUGAGAACAUGAAAACGCCGACGUAAUGAUUGCUUUCCGCAGCAGGCGAAAAGCAAUCAUUAUGUUCCUUUCUCUACUAAGAGGGAAUCGCAUCGACGGCCAGAAGAACUUCAUGAUGCUCUAAAGAGAUUUUCUUGCAAUUGUUGACUAAAUAAAAAAUAACAAUGGCACAGUGAUGAAGCUAUUUGCCUGUAUGUACUUCGGCUCAUUAAAUGGAGAAUUUCCAUCCACCCAAGUGUGGCACACGAAGCUACAAAGGAAACACACGUGGGUUUCUCAGACACAAAGGUUCGCAGUGGAGCAAAAUUUUGUCCUGAUCCGGAGAUCGAACCAGGGACCAGCGCCUUUCUGCAGAAUUGACUUCCCAUAUUCAGUGUCCCUGUGCUUAGAGUUGCGGAUCAAUUCGCCCUCGCGCUGCGAUCUGCUGGCCUCCUGGUUAGCUCAGAUGGCAGAACGACCGCUCUCGAAAGUUGUUGGUCCCGAGGUCCAUCCCAUGGCGAGGACGAACUUCUCCGCAACUGCGAAGCGUUCUUUCUGAGAAAACCUGUGUGGGCUUCCUUCGUGCUACAGUUGGGUGCAUGACAAUUUUCCAUUUCAUGAACCUUCGUCCACCUUGCGGGCUUCCGCUGAACUGAUUUCUACCUAUGUAAUGUGGCAUUGCGAACUUCUUAUCGCUAUCUUUAAUAGUUAUAGUUCAUAUGGUGUGCGUACACAGCAUUUUUGUUCCCUAUUUUAUUUGAACCGAUGCGAAAGCGAAUAAAAGCGGACAUAGAAAUCUCUACUUCAUCUAUUUUCG